AACGCGACAAGAGCGGGCUCCUUUCUACUACGAAGUCACACAAACGGAUGAGUGUGGAGUCGGUUUAAGUUGUUGCCUCGCUAAUCAGUUGGGACAGUGGGACUUUUAACGAUCUUUAAUUCACGCAUCUGAGAAGGGCUGUCGCCUCCAGCUGGGCAUUUGAAGCUGCCACCUUCUGCACCAGCACCCAUUCACCCAGCUACGUGCCCAGUCCAGACCUACGAGUGUCAAAGAUGUCGGAGCUGAGUGAUGAGGCAAGUGACAUCGAGCAGCCGGAUUGGCUAGGUGCAGGUCAGCUGAUCAAACCGGAUGAGCUUGACACCCCCCUUGAUCUUCACACUGCCUCCUCCAUCGGCCAGUACAGUGUGGUCCUCGACUGCAUUCGCAGUGGCAAGGAAGAUCUGAACAGAAAAAACAUGGGCGGCUGGACUCCACUAAUGUAUGCUGCCUACAUUGGGCAUCACUCUGUGGUCAACCUCCUGCUGGAAGCGGGUGUCAAUGUCAAUGUCACUACGGUCAAAGGCCAGACGUCCCUCAUGCUGGCAGCCAGCUGUGGCAAUGAGAGGAUUGCAUACUCGCUCCUUCAGCAAGGUGCAGAGCUGGAGUUGACCGACGCCAGGGGUUGGACUGCAUUGUUCCACUGCACAAGCACAGGACAUCAGCAGAUGGUCAAGUUUUUUCUGGACAACAAUGCUAACGCCAAUGUCCGGGAGCCCUUUUCCGGUUUUACUCCACUCAUGGAGGCCGCCGCUUCUGGCCAUGAGAUCAUCGUGCAGUAUCUUCUUGAACAUGGUGUGAAGGUGGACGAGAGGAAUUCCAAAGGAGAGACCGCACGGGCCCUGGCCAUGAUGUAUGGACACACCAAGAUCGCCAGCCUCAUUGACAUGCAUGUGGUGCAGAGCCGUCCCAGGCUGGGGCAUUUUGAUGACCUGAGCUCCUCCGAAGAUUCCGACUCCGCUCCACACAGGCCCCGCAGCAGCCGGACCAAAAGCAGGGGGCCGAGCAUUCAUGACGGACCGCAAGCCAUUGCUAAAUUCCGAGUGGGCCCGAGUACCAAGCAGUAUGACUCUGCUGUGAUGCCACCGGGCUAUGUGACAUUCAGAGAUGGCAGUGAUCAUCCUGGAGGGUUUCGGAACCGUGACGUCACCUCGCCUAUCAACGAGCAAGAUGUGGACAGCAACAGCAGCCAAGGUGACAGCCCAUUCUUUGAGAACGACAUGCCAACAAUGAGGAGCAGCAGCAGCAGCAGUGAGGGAAUCCCCCAAUUGCUUGGUAGGAGCCGAGACGCCUCGCUGGAGAGCAAUGAGGAUUCAGACCAAGCAAAGCAAACAGUUGGGCGCCGGCAAAAUAAGACGUACAACAAAGGGAAGAGUCGCUGCUGUUCUGACAACGUGCAGGCAUUCAACAAAACAAAGUCGGAGGGUUACGCUCCCACGGCACAGCUUCCUGCAUACACCGGACCCAAGGACCUAGCCGAGUUUCUGGACUCCAUUGGCCUUUUGAAGUAUCUCGCCCUCCUGGAGGAUCAAGACAUUGACCUGCGGAUCUUCCUCACGCUCACCGAGAAUGACCUAAAAGAAGUGGGCAUCACACUUUUUGGGCCUAAACGUAAGAUGACCUCCGCAAUAGCCCGGUGGCACAGCAGUGCACGACCUCCCAGUGACGGCCUCGAGCAGGCCUACGCUGACCAGCUGGAAGCAAAGAUGCAGGAAAUGGCCAUCCAGCUUCACAAGAAAUGCGAGGAGGUGGAAAUGUUACAGAGCCAGGUGUCUCAGGAGAGGGAGCUGCGCACAGUGGUGGAGGGCUGCCUGAUGGAGGACAAGAUGGCGUGGAGAAGGUUUCAAGACCAGGUGGAAGACACACAAGGGCUGGCCAAGGAGGCAUUAAUAGCGCUGGAUAAAGUCCAAACGUGCCAGACGGAAUUCCUUAACCGGCUCAAGAAGGACAUCUCCUGUUGGCAACCAUCAGGUGGUGAGGUGAAAUCCAAGAUGCAGACAGAGGAGAAAGUUGGCAAAGGAUGGAAGGAGGACCUCAAGUCGCAGGGUCUAUCGGAGCUGGUGACCACACUGGAACAAUGCCAUGCUGAGACGAGGAAAGCUCUCCUGCUGGUAACAAGAAACCUUGACAGAUUACAAGAUGUGGACAAGGGGGCCAGGGAGUGGGCCGAGUCCUAGCACCAUAUCGCAGGCAAGUGUUUUUUCUGUUCUAUAAUUUCAUUGGUCAUUUCAAACCAACUCACAGGAGCCAAUGCUAUUGUACACUGGCAAGACUGGCACACAAAGAGCUGAGUCAGUGACUUAGAGCUAUCUGUAGGAACUCCACGUUAUGGGGACAGCAUGACUGAUGCCAUAUUAGCUUACGGUGUGGACUAUGGCGCUACUGGGGUUUGAACCUACAAACA